AUGGAGCAACUAGAGAAUGCUCCGCAUCGUCGUAAGGUUUACCAGAAGAGAUAUGAUUCGUUUUCUUUGCCCGAUUUAGAGUUCAAAAAGCGAUACCGCUUUAAUAAACAUACGACAUCUUUUAUAAUUGAUCUUGUCAGGCAGGAUUUACAACUGGACCCAAGGGGUUGUGUUACAUCACCAGAAUUGCAGGUGUUAACAGCCAUUAGAUGCUGGGGACGUCGUGAAGUUCAAGAUGAUGGGGGAGACCUUCAUAGGUUAACACAACCAACUGUGAGUCGCAUUUGUGCCAGAGAAGCUCGCGCGAUUGCUCGUCACCCUGAGACGUACAUAAAAAUGCCGCAUUCUCCGGCAGAAGAACAAAGGGUUAUAAGGGAAUUCUUAGAGAUAAGAAAUUUCCCUUCUGUGUUGGGUUGCAUUGAUUGUACUCACAUAAAAAUAAAGAAAUCUGGUGGUGAUGCAGCUCUGUAUUAUAUAAAACGGAAAAGGAUUUUAUUCAUUGAAUGUACAAAUCAUGAUGAUGAACUCAAUACAAUUGUGGAUGCUGAACUUCUAUCACAAAUUGGUGAGGUCAGAGGAAGACUCCAAUAA